AACUUUUUCCUGUCUCCAUCCAAUCCUACUGUCCUUCUUUUCUUUCCUAUUUCCUCCAAAUUAAGCCUAACCUCUCUUUUCUCUCUCUCUCAACACCAUGAAUGAAGAAUAUUAAUAUAACCACUAACAAGUGGUGAUGAUAUUGAUGAUGAUGAUGAAGCUAGUUUAAGUUAAUUUGCUUCACCCUUUUAAGGAAAAAAUAUCUCAGAAAUCAAAGCUAUACUAUACAGCUAUAGAUAGAUAGCUUAAUUUGGGAAAGCUUUCUAAUUAUAUAUAUAUAUAUAUAUUGUUGAAUGAACACUUCACCACAGUACUACUCAUCCCAUCAAUCUCUUCACUUCUCAACAUCAAAAAAAAUCUUCUUUCUUGCUUCAUCAUUUUCAGGUGUGUCUUCUUGUAGAGCUAUGUGUUUUUUAGAAAUUGUUAGGUGUUACGGAGAACCCUAGAAGAAAGAACAAACAAAGAGAUAAAGUCACAAAGUUCAAAACAACCUUGGAUCUGCCAAGUUAAGCUAUAUUUUAAUCCAUGGAUUCUAUUCAAGAAUUCAUACAGACAUGUAACAAUGAAAACACUUGCAACUUCUUGAAUAACAACUCUAUAAGCACCACCAACACAACAAGCUUAACAACAACAGCUACUGGAAGCUCUUCUUCAUCUGCAGUUUCAACCAUAACCAACACACCAAACAGUAGUAGCCGGUAUGAGAACCAGAAACGCCGCGACUGGAACACUUUUGGUCAGUAUCUCAAGAAUCAUCGUCCUCCUCUUUCCCUCUCUCGGUGCAGCGGUGCACAUGUCCUAGAAUUUCUCAGAUAUUUGGAUCAAUUUGGGAAAACAAAAGUACACACACCAAUUUGUCCAUUUUAUGGGCACCCAAAUCCACCAGCACCAUGUCCAUGUCCUCUAAGACAAGCAUGGGGAAGUCUUGAUGCACUCAUAGGCCGUCUUCGCGCCGCCUUUGAAGAAAACGGAGGAAAACCAGAAACAAACCCAUUUGGUGCUCGAGCUGUGAGGCUCUACCUUCGCGAAGUUCGCGAUCUUCAAUCCAAAGCAAGAGGGAUUAGUUAUGAGAAAAAGAAAAGAAAGCGUCCGCCACCACAACAACCACUUCCAUCAUCACAAGGUGCAAGUGCAACUCAUUAGAGAUCAAUUCUCACUCUCUUAGUCUCUUCUAAUAAUGCCCUUUAUUAAAAAAAAUUAAAAAAUUAUAUAUUUAGGGUUUAUUUUUUUCUUUGUUUAAUAAUAUGUGAAAGCACUCUAUGCUGUGAUCUGAAACACAUAGAGUACUGUUUUCUCUUUGGAUCCUGUUUGGUUGCUGUUAUGUUACAGAAGAAAAAGUGUUACAAAAUGUGAGAUAUGAUUUUUCUGCUUUUUAAGAUAUUGCAGUGUUUGUACUGGUAGUAGACUCAUAGUGGCCUGAAAAAGUUUAAGCUAUGAGUGAAGUUACAUGAAGUACAUCAUCCUUGUGUGAUUCUCACAAUCACAACUAUCACAUUAUUCAUAUAUAUUUUAUAUAUUCAUAUA